GGACUUAACUGGUCCAGUGGGGCUGGCGCUACUUUGAGAGGGGAGUAAACAGACUUAAUGGGCUUGGCCUCAGCAGACCCACUCAGAGAAACGGCCAAAAUGUUCAAGCGUUCGAAUACCAGUGCCCUCCACUGCCAUGACCUGGAAGAAACUGGGCUCCGGCAACUUCUCCGACUGCCCCAAUGGCUCCCGCCCGUGGAUAUGGGAUGUGUUUGGUGAAUGUGCCCAGGACCGCUGGGAUGAGGCCAGUGUGGGCCUGGGUUUGGUCUCCAUUCUCUGCUUUGCUGGAUCCACCUUCCCCCAGUACAUCAAGGCCUGCAAGGCCGGCAACAUGGACCAGGCCCUGUCCCUGUGGUUCCUGCUGGGCUGGCUGGGCGGCGACUCCUGCAACCUCAUUGGCUCCUUCCUCGCUGACCAGCUGCCCCUGCAGACCUACACUGCGGUGUAUUAUGUCCUGGCAGACCUGCUGAUGAUGACGCUCUACUUUUACUACAAAUACAAGAACCGCACCUCCCUGUUGUCUGUCCCCAUCAACGCGGCACUUUUGCUCAUCCUGGGGACGACAGCGUUUUCUGCCCCACUCCUGAGCAAGCCUAAGCCUGUGGCUGCCCCAGGGGAGGCCUUCCAGGGACGGAAACUCCUGUCCAUGGAGCCCGGAAGUAAGCCCUUCACCCGGACGGAAAUCAUUGGCUUCGCCAUCGGCUCCGUCUCCAGUGUGUUGUACCUGCUCUCCCGGCUGCCUCAGAUCCGCACCAACUUCCUGCGGAAAUCCACCCAGGGCAUCUCCUACUCGCUGUUUGCGCUGGUGAUGCUGGGAAACUUGCUGUACGGGCUGAGCGUGCUGCUGAAGAACCCCGAGGUGGGCCAGAGCGAGGGCAGCUACCUGCUGCACCACCUGCCCUGGCUCGUGGGCAGCCUGGGCGUGCUGCUGCUUGACAGUAUUAUCUCUGUGCAGUUCCUGGUCUACAGGAACGCCUCGCCCGUCUCCGCAGAAACAGAGCCUCUCCUCCCCAGCUGAUGGGGUCCUGGCUGAGUCCAGGACCACAGGGACCGCCAGGUGCCACGUCCAGGAAGGAGUGUGCUGGCCCCAGAUGGUACUGUGGACUCCGGAAUGGGCCUCGGAGGAAGCUGGUGGGAAACCUGUGGCCACUCUAGGCCAGCCGCCUCCCCUUCACUGGGCAAGCUCUGAGGGCAACGGACUGCCUCUUCCCGGGAACAAGAUGCCCAGCCAGCCAGGAGGGAGGGCUGCAGCCUGGAUGGGAACGUCAGAAAGCAUCAAGGCGGCCCCUUUGGGCUCACCUACCUCAUUUGACCUGCAUCUACCCCGCCCCACAACCCCAGCGCAGCUGUGGCCUGGAGGACCCAGCCCCGCCCUGCUGCCUCCACACAGCCUAGUAAACGGACCCCCUCCCUCCAUGAGGUUGGCUCUAUGGCUCCUUCUCUUGGGGGCUGCUGGGGGAACAGCCCUAGACGGGGGUCUGGCCCCACAUCCCAAGUCCCAGGAGGAGACCUAACGGGUCAGGAUGUGGCCGAGCCCAGCCCUGCCCCAGCCUCCGGGGCCCCUCUUCUCUUCAGCUGCUGCUCUGGGCAGCUGUGGUGAGGAAAGACCCAGUCGUGAGAGCGAGCCGCCAUCAGGGUCCUGGCUUCUCAGCGCCAAGGAAGAAGCAGGCUAGCAGAUCCGGACUCUGCAUAUGAACUGCCGGGCCUCAGUUACCCCGUCGGUGAAAUGGGGGUGGCAUUACCACCUCCCAAGUCCUAAGAGUCGAGUGAUGGUGGCUGCCACCCCCAUUCACAGUGGGCGGAGAUGCUGCCCAGUCCUGCUCCAGUACAGAACCCCACUGUGAUCCAGAGAGUUUUACUGGCGGUUUCUUCUUCGUUCAUCUUCGUCUGGAAGCUCCACUCUUAAGCCUCUACUGACAGAUGGGCCAUGGCUGUGCGUGAGGUGCACAGGCUGGGCCUCGAACCCAUGUCUCUUUCACAGACUUUCUACCAAGGAGGACGUCCUGCAGGGACUGAUCCCUCCCGACAUGUCCAAAGUGAGUGGGACGAAGUCUUGCCAUCCCGAUCCUCAGAAACAUUCCAGUAGUACUUUCAGGAUGAACGUCUUUGUUUUGAAAGUCUAUGGUGUAUUCGAUAUUCUUCACCAAAGCCAUACUGCACGUCCAUCGGCUCUUCGCCUGCGGUGGCACCUGAUCAGCGUUCGCUUUCACAGAGGCAGGAGGUGCUGAAGAUAGCUUGGCGUGGGUUGGGGGGGCCUGUGGUCUUUAACGUGGACAUCUGUGCUGUUUCACACUUUAAAAGAGGCCUUUUGUAGAUCUCCCCAAUGUAAUACGUGGUUUGAUUUCUUGACUACUUCCAAUAAAGGAACCCUUGGUAGUA